AUGACGCUUAUCUUCCCGUCGAUUCCGUCAGCGAAGGCCUUAUCGAUAAGCACCAACAACCCCACACCUGCUAUCUUUCUUUUUUCUCCGAGACUUCUCCAAUUCUCUCAGAUCAGCAUCACACCUACACAAUUAUCGAGCUUUGUAAAUACAAACCUCUUAAACCUCUACGUCCAUCAUGGAUGCGCUGACCAUACCACAAACCAGCCUCACGCCGACUCCUCCUACUUCUCAACCUCCCAAGAACCCACCAAGGCAGAGGUAUACGCACAAGUCCUCGAACAAGCCAAAGGCCUAGUAACAGGGCAGCGCAAUUGGGCAACUCAACCCAGCAACUUCUCCAACAUCGCCUCCCUCCUCUGGCACGCCUACGCCGCCCUCCCGCCCCCCUCCUCCUCCGUAAACUGGGCUGGCUUCUACAUCCGCCAGGAUAAAUUCCCCGCUCUCGGCUCCCAGAACACACCAAGCAACAGCACCAACAACCUCCUACUGCUAGGUCCAUUCCAGGGCCGCCCCGCCUGCCAGGAAAUCCGCUUCGGGCGCGGCGUGUGCGGCACCGCGGCGGAGAAGCGCGAGACGGUGAUUGUGCCGGAUGUGUUGAGUUUCCCGGGACAUAUUGCCUGUGACGCGAGUAGUCGGAGUGAGAUUGUGGUGCCGAUUCUUGUUGGUGGGGAGACGGUUGCGAUCAUCGAUGUUGAUUGUACGGAGCCGGCUGGGUUCGAUGACGAGGAUAAGAAGUGGUUGGAGGAGCUUGCGUCCCUUCUGUCGGAGUGUUGUGAUUGGUAA